ACCUCAGUGUACACCAGGAGAGCAUGCCGACCUGUCAAGACGACCUCACUGCUGUGGACGUCGCAGCCGCCAGCCCCUCCGUACAGCAGCGCAUAACCGCAGGUGCGGCAGAGACGAUUAACCUCUUUGGAGCGAUAGACCGUGACAAUGUGUUCGGAGUGAACAUCAGCGUUCCGGAAGAUGCGAAGGAGGUUAUCAAACCGUGGCAUGAGCGCGACUCGAUGAUAAAGUACGCAGAAUCGAAUGUGGAUGACCAACUAAUCAUCCACGUCCCAUUCGUCGAACAAGUCCGAAUACGAAGCAUCUUCCUCAAGCCAGCGCGAGGCGACUUUUCCCCCCAACGACUGCGCGUCUACCUGAACCGACCAGCCGGAAUCGACUUCAACGACGUAGACUCUCUCCAACCGGCGCAGGAUAUCGCCCUCCUCGAAGGCGCAGAAGGAGUGACAGAGUACCCAGUACGAGUAGCAGCAUUCGCGAACGUGAACAGCUGCACGUUGCUCUUCUCGGAUACCCCAACAGACGUGUCCCGGAUCUACUAUAUAGGGUUUAAAGGCGAGCGGCGUUCUCCCCACCGAGACCCAAAUACACGACUCGAUAUCCCCGCUGCGCAGGGGGCGGACGCACCCGUGGACAGACUUGCAGAGAAGUCGGCAAACAGGCAGAAUACGAUUCGUUAGAGGGGAUGUUGGUUGCUGGGAUACUUGCUUGCUAUUUGCAAGGGAUCCUGUUUGUUGGGCCACUACGCAUGCCCUUUCGGUAAUGUGGUAUCCCGCUACGAACCAAGCAGUGCUCGGUACCGCUACAUCCCAAUUUCCACAUCUUCGGUCCUUCACGCUCGUCCUUCGUAUCCAUACAGACGUCCGCGUUCCCGAUCUCCAACUCUAUAUCCACAGAUCUUUGUACGACCUAGACCGUCCGUGUCAUCUGCUGCGGAAGUGU